AUGUUCUUUCCCAAAGAUAUACCCGACUGGAACAACCUCAGGGUCAUUCACAGGGGCACAUUACCACCUCGGGCGCACUUCUACAGCUAUGCUUCAGAAAAGCAAGCUCUCACAUUUGAUCGCGACCAGAGUGAAUAUAUUUCCCUGAAUGGAACAUGGAAAUUCCAUCAUGAUGCAUCCCCUUUCGAGGCACCUGACUGGUCCUCUGCGGAUAUCUUCAGCUGGAAUGACAUCAAAGUCCCAGGGAUGUGGCAACUCCAAGGCUACUCCCAUCCAACCUACACCAACGUGAACUAUCCAUUCCAUGUGAAUCCUCCUCAAGUGCCACUCCUCAAUGAGACUGGAUCUUAUUGGAGACAGUUUGUAACACCUUCCAAAUGGGAUGGACUGCAGAUCCGCAUCCGCUUUGAGGGUGUCGACAGCGCGUUCCAUCUUUGGGUCAAUGGAGAGAAAGUUGGGUACUCGCAAGGCUCACGCAAUCCUAGCGAGUUUGACAUAACCCCUCUAAUCAAACCUGCCGGCUCUGUAAAUACCAUCGCAGUGCGCGUAUACGAGUUCUGCGACGGCUCGUACAUAGAGCGACAAGAUCAGUGGCUCCUCAGUGGCAUCUUUCGAGACGUUGGUUUAUUGGCUUUCCCAAAGGACUCAGUCAUCGACUUCAAUGCUUCUGCAACGCUCAGCAACAAUCUAUCUACAGGGCAGCUACUUACAGAUGUCAAAACGCAGGGUCAAGAUGGGGAGGUCCAGGCUAAGUUGUAUAGACCAGAUGGAACACUCCUAAAGGAUUUGAUGUUCAAUUCCACUGUCAUUGGAAGUAUCGAUGUAUCUGGAGAUGAGUUGAAGCUAUGGUCGGCCGAAGAUCCCAUCCUUUACACUUUGACCAUAACGUUCAACGGUCGUACAAUCCCCCAGCGCAUUGGAUUCCGGCACAUCGAGCUAAAAGAUUCAAACUUCUUGGUAAACGGUCAACCCAUCAUUCUAUACGGCAUGAACCGCCACGAACACCAUCAUCUCCACGGUCGCGCCGUGCCGUACGAGAAUAUGCGUGCCGAUUUGAUUCUCAUGAAGAAGCACAACAUCAAUGCUUUGCGGUGCUGUCACCAACCCAAUGAUCCUAGACUAUAUGAGGUCUGUGAUGAGCUCGGUCUUUAUGUCAUGGCCGAGGCAGAUCUCGAGACACAUGGUUUUGACCCUGUGGAACGAUCCAACAUCGCAAAUCAGCACCUAAUGACCGAAUAUGAAAUUCAAGAGACGUCCUACAAGAUGGCCGCCAAAUGGACAUCCGAUAACCUUGAAUGGAAAGAUGCUUACAUUGAUCGUGCUGUUGAGCUUGUUCAGCGCUUGAAGAACUUUUCAUGUAUCAUCAUGUGGUCCCUUGGAAAUGAGGCAUUUUACGGCCAGAACCACGCAAGCAUGUACAGGUGGAUCAAAGAGGCAGACCCGACCCGUCUUGUUCACUAUGAGGGUGACCGGGAAGCCAUAAGCGCUGAUAUUUACUCCACCAUGUAUUGGGAUAUCGAUGGCCUAAAAAGGCACAUCAGUGAAAAUCCCGAUAGGCCAUUGAUUCAAUGCGAGUAUGGCCAUGCCAUGGGCAACGGCCCUGGUGGCUUAAUAGAAUACAUACAGGCGUAUCGCACCGAAAAUCACCUUCAGGGAGGUUUCAUCUGGGAGUGGUGUAACCAUGGUCUGCUGAAGAGGGAUGGGGAUAUACUGUAUUAUGCAUACGGUGGUGACUUUGGUGACGAGCCUAAUGAUGCAGAUUUCAUUCUUGAUGGGAUGGUAUUUUCAGACCACACCCCCACACCAGGGUUGAUUGAGUAUAAAAAGGCGAUCGAGCCUGUCACGCUGUCACUGAAGGGACAUCGGCUGGAGAUAGUGAAUCACUACGACUUCAGUACGCUCGAUCACCUGUACGUUUCAUGGCAUAUUGUGAGGGAGAGUGGAAAAUCCGCUGCAACUCCAUGGCAGUUACCACAGAUCAUGCCCGGAGAAUCGAAGAUGCUAGAUCUGCCUGACGGUGUUAAGUUUGAUUCUGAGCCUAGCUGGCUCACAAUCAAUUUUGAGCUCAAAGCGGCCACAGCCUGGGCUCCACAGGGACAUGAGAUUGCCUGGGCCCAGAUCUCUUUAUUUGAGCAAAAGAAACUCAUAAUUCUACCAGAAUUAAUUCCGACACACUCCAGACUUUCAGUACAGGAGGGACCAGGCCGACUGUAUAUCAACUCAAACAACUUCUCGUCCCACUUCACCUAUGAUCUUAUUCGGGGAAACUUGGCGUGGUCCACCGACGCGGGCAAGAUCUUCCACAGUGGACCACAGCUAGGGAUAUACCGCGCUCUCACACAGAACGACCUCGGGGCAGCGGGCCCAUGUGUCGAGUGGGACCGCUUCCGGGUGAAGAGCAGUCGCAUGCUAGUCGAGUCGGCCAACUGGCAUGCCAAUGACGAUGGAAGCAUAUCGGUGAUAACCAACGUGCGGGUUGCGCCGACUGUCCUCGAAUGGGCACUCGAAUCUACACUCACUUACACCAUAACCGACUCAUCCGUCCGUCUCCACGUCAAGGGCGAUUUCACGGGCACACACCCAAAAUACAUUCCAAGAAUCGGACUUACCCUCCGUCUGCCCCGACAAUACGACGCAGCAACAUGGUUCGGCCGAGGACCAGGCGAAUCUUAUCGUGACACGAAGAGUGCCGCGCGGUUCGGGACGUACACGGCCUCUCUUGAAAGCGGCCUCCAGACACCGUAUGAAUGGCCCCAGGAGAAUGGCAAUCGUAUCGAUACGCGCUGGUUGCGUAUUCACUCCUCCCCUCCCGAGAUCUCUUAUGCUGCCUCGGGUGGAGCCCUUGCGCCUCUCCCGCAGAUUGAAGCUCUCAUGGACACUCCGUUCAGUUUCUCCCUUCGAAAGUAUGCUACGGCGGAGCUUGAUCGCGCAAAGCAUCCUCACGAGCUUUCCGAGUUAGAGGGUGAGACGGAGCUCAAUCUCGAUUACGCGCACCAUGGAAUCGGGACAGCAAGCUGUGGGCCUGGUCCUUUCGAGGGUCAUAGACUUGAAACUGGACCGUUUGAGUUUACGACUAUGUUCUGUCUGACCGAUCUCAGUGUAGAUUGA